AGGCUCCGUCGGGCCGCACUGGCGGAGCAGCCCCGAAGUUUGCGGGGCGGCCGGCGUGGGGCCAUGUGGCUGCUGUGGCUGCUGCUGGGCUCGGCGGACAGCCAACUGUUGCCUGGGAAUAACUUCACAAAUGAAUGCAACAUUCCUGGAAACUUCAUGUGCAGUAAUGGACGCUGUAUCCCAGGGGCCUGGCAGUGUGAUGGGCUGCCAGACUGCUUUGAUGACAGCGAUGAGAAGGAAUGCCCGAAAGCCAAAUCCAAAUGCGGCGCCACAUUCUUCCCCUGUGCCAGCGGGAUCCACUGCAUCAUUGGCCGCUUCCGCUGCAACGGCUUCGAGGACUGUCCCGAUGGCAGUGAUGAGGAGAACUGCACAGCAAAUCCCUUGCUUUGCUCUACUGCCCGAUUCCACUGUAAAAAUGGUCUUUGCAUUGAUAAAAGCUUUGUGUGUGACAGUCAGAAUAACUGCCAAGACAACAGUGAUGAAGAAAGCUGCGAAAGCCCUCAAGAGGCAGGCAGCGGCCAAGACUACGUGACCUCAGAAAACCAGCUGCUUUACUACCCGAGUAUUACCUACGCCAUCAUUGGGAGCUCUGUCAUUUUCGUGCUCGUGGUGGCCUUUCUUGCCUUGGUCCUGCACCACCAGCGCAAGCGCAACAAUCUCAUGACGCUGCCGGUGCAUCGCCUGCAGCACCCUGUGCUGCUGUCCCGGCUGGUGGUGCUGGAUCACCCGCACCACUGCAGCGUCACCUACAACGUCAACAACGGGAUACAGUACAUGUCCAACCAGGCCUACCACAGGCCCGUGGACCUGGACUCCCCUCCAUCCUACUCAGAGGCUGUGCUCGACCAAAGCAGACCACCUUGGUUUGACCUUCCUCCACCGCCUUAUUGUUCUGAAUCUGAACCCUCCAAUCAACCCGAUCUUCCUCCUUACCGAUCUCGGACAGGGAGCUUGGCCAGCACGGACACCCCCAUGGCAGAAAGUCCUCUGGGCACAUCCGACAGUUGGACAAGAGACAUCCAUGGCAGCAUGGAUGGCCACAGAACUCUUCUUGGGAGGACAGUAGAUCAGAGCGAUUCUCUGGUCAACCACGUUGCUGAAAGAGAAGUGUAACUGCUCCAGUCUUUGGGAUGGGCAGGAAGGCUUUUACUGUGUCCGUAUGAGUUAGUCUGCAGUGGCUAAUGGGUUUCAGGGGGACAUGUGCCUGAAUGAUGACUUGAUUUGAAUUCAUACUAAGUUAUUGUUUGAAUCCAGCAUUUUGGGCUCAUCAAGUACAGAGGACUAAACCUGGAGUCACAUCAACUCUCCAUGACAUUUCUGUGAGCAGGUUCUGGUUCAGACAAGUAAGAGGAACAUCAGUGCUGUGUCAAAAGAACUGAUGUGGUGUAUUUAUUGGACUGCUUACUGUAUAUGAAUGUAUAUAUGUGUGUGUAUAAUAUAUACAGAAGUAAAACACAAGAACUGUGCCAGAAGGACUCUUUUUUUCAGGCUGCCUCCCAUCUUGUCAACAUGUGAGCUGUUUCUUUUUACUGCCUGGUGCCAGCUGGUGGUCAAUGAAGCACGAGAGGCAGUCAUUCUGCUUGGAGGUCUGAUGCCCAAUGCCAGCCCCCUGGCAGUGCUCAAAUUGCAAAUGAUGUCUUACUUGACCCCUCUCUUCAUGGCCUGGAACAUUCUCACCAUGAAGGAGUUUCAAGCUUGUGAGGAUACAACAACUCUAACUGAGCAAACAAGGUUUUUUUACAGAUGCUAGUAUCUAGGCCAGAUUUGCAUGGGUUGUCUCAGCAACACCACAAAGGUUGGGUUAUCUGUCAGACUUCAAGGCUGAGUAUAGAGGCACUGAAGCUUCUCAAAAACACAGUUCAAGACUUCUUUUCCUUUGUGGAAAAACAACUUUAGUCCAU